UUCAGAGCACAACUGACCGUCUACGUGUCCGCACCUCGACCAUUUUAAUAUCACUGAAAUUUACUGCUCCGACAUUUGUAUAUAAAACGCGUAAAUUGUGUACGAUUUCGUCGCGUGUUUGUAUAUAAACUGUGUAUACAAUAUUUGUGUAUACAACUCGUUACGAGUAUCAAAUGUUUGUAAUAUAAAGACGAAGAUUAAAUUGUUUAGUUUACCACGGCGUAAAUGUUUAAAGUAUGAUGAAGGAGCAACAGUUGUCUGAAGUGAGUGGUUCUAACCAACUCGCUCCGGUGCUCCACCAGAGCAUCAACAUCCAACAGCAUCUCCACCACUUGCAUUUGCACCAGAACCACACCAGUGUUAUCCUACCGAACGAACCACCCCAACAACAACAACAACAACACCCGGAAAGCACCGCUCCGGACGACAAACCCUCCAGUUCGGAUAAGAAAUCCGGGAUCCGGAGACAAGAAAAACCGCCCUAUUCCUACAUCGCACUCAUUGUCAUGGCUAUACAACACUCACCCACCAAACGACUCACUCUCAGCGAAAUCUACUCUUUCCUCCAACAAAGAUUCCCAUUUUUCAGGGGUUCUUACCAAGGAUGGAAAAACUCAGUUCGUCACAAUUUAUCCCUAAAUGAGUGUUUUAUCAAGCUACCAAAGGGCUUAGGGCGUCCUGGGAAAGGCCAUUAUUGGACCAUUGACCCUGCGAGUGAGUUCAUGUUCGAGGAGGGGUCCUUCCGGAGACGUCCUCGAGGCUUCCGUCGGAAAUGUCAAGCCAUGAAGCCUCAAUACCACCCCGGAAACUUUUUCACAAAUAACAUGACCGGAAUGGUAAACCAAACCCCGAGUUAUGACCCCCAAACCCUAGUCCAACCCCAGGAGUACUCCACUUGCUCCUACAACUCUUCACCACAAGUCUCCUCCGCCACGCAUUACACCAAUUAUGAGUAUCCGGUGUACCAGCAACAAUGCGAGCGUGAUUGGGGCUCGGCCUCCGCCCUGUUGCCCCCGUACCCAGAAACGGCCAUCUCGAGUUCGUAUCUCAAGGCSCCCAUCAGCCCCCUUGGCGACAACCAGGAGACGCCAUCCGACACGUACAAUUACCAAUACGGAGGCAUUUCAACGUCAUCUGCAGAUAAUUUGAUGCGAAGCUCGACGAAUAGCAUGCAGCCAAUUCAGUGCGACCGAAAGCCGUACUUGAGUUCGCCGCCGCCUUCGAUUCCAUCAUCUCUUCCAUCACCACCAGCAGCAAACACAGCACACUCAUUUUACGAACCUGCUGUAAAGUAUAGCUUAUAAAUUGAGUAUUUACGGCUAUUUUUAAGUGGACAUUUGUACUUGUCAUUUAUUUUAUGUUUUUUUCGGAAUUCCUCAUCAUCAAUCGUGCAAACGCGCAGCUCAAUUUUGCACAAUUGUAAAUAUAUUUAUUUUCUAGGUUUAGUAGUAAGACAUAAUCAUGAUUUAACAUGUAUAUACAAACUUCAUACAGCUACUUACCAAAAAUGGUGUACAUAAAACGAUUUGAUUUUGUAAUUUAUGAUAAAAAUAAAAUUUUGAUUUUA